UUCCCUCGAAUUGGGCGCCGGGAAUUCCGUGGGAUCCCGGAUGGCCCGGCCCCCACGGCCCAGCCCGGUGUGAGCUCCGGCACCGCCGCCCACCAUGCGCCGGCGGCGCGGGAUUUGGCUCCGCGGCUCCCGGACGGCGCCCGUGACCCCCCCAGCGUCCAUCCUGGUGACCCCCCCAGUGUCCAUCCCGGUGCCCAUCCCGGCGUCCAUCCCAUCCCGGCCAUGAGCGGCCCCGUCCCCCUGGCUCCGCUCGGCUCCGCCGCCGCCGGACCAUGAGCUCCCACCGCGCCGCCCGGCACGACGGCGCCGAUGCCGAGGGGUCCCCGGCAGCCUUUUGGGCGCCCAAUGGGGCCGUGGCGGCGGGGCCGGGGGGCGACGCCCCGCGCGGGGCCGUGCCCAAGAUGGGGGUCCGCGCCCGCGUCGCCGAGUGGCCCCCACGGAGAGACGCCAACGCCGCCAACGCCGCCAACGCCAAGGAUUCCGGCGCCGGCCGGGAAGCGCCGGCCAACCGGGACGGCGUCGGCUGCCGGGGUUUUCCCGGCGGGCAGCAACCCCUGGCCGGAGUGUCCGGCUUCAAAGCCCUGCACCGCCUGGCGCGGCGGCGCUCCAAGGACGUGGAGUUCCAGGAGGGGUGGCCGCGCUCGCCGGCGCGGGGCCUGGCGCCGCUGCGGCACCGCAGCAGCAGCGAGGUGACCCUGAGCGAGUGCGACCCCGAGGAGCCGGCGGAGCCGCGCGGCGCCAAACUGGGCGGCCCCUCCGGGCUCUUCCGGGAGUACGGGAGCACCUCGUCCAUCGACGUGCAGGGAAUCUCGGAGCAGAGCUUCUUCGACAUGCUCAACGAGUUCCGCACCAGGAAGCCGGAGCGGCGCGCCGGCACGCCCGAGCGCCUCGCCGACGGCGCCCUCCCGCCGGGAUCGUCGGCCGGGGCGAAGGCGGACGGUCGGAACGGGCCGCGGGAGGAGCCGCCGGCGCAGCCCAAGGACAAGGCGCGGCGCCGCUGCCCCAAGGGCGACGCCGGCGGCGGCGAAUCCAUCUUCAGGAAGCUCCGGAGCGCCCGCAACGACGGCGACGGGAAGGACCCGGAGGAGCCGCGGGCGCCGGAGCCGGGCAAGGGCUGGACGUGCCGCAAGAGCUUCGCUCACUACGACGCCCAGAGCAUCCUGUUCGACCUCAACGCCGCCGCCCUGCAGCGCGCCGCCGGCACCCAGCGCCGCAACACCACCACCGGCGCCUCGGCCGCCUCCGCCGGCUCCGACCCCGCCUUCUCCAGCACCGAGGACCUGAACUCCAAGGAGAACCUGGAGCACGACGUCGGCGACAACACCAGCAACGAGCUGCUCCUCAGCUGCCCCCACUUCCGCAACGAGAUCGGCGGCGCCGGCGAGCGCGACCUCAGCUUCUCCAAGGCUUCCGCCGGCGCUCCGGCCCUGCCGGGGGCCGAGGGGGCCUUCCCGGAGCCCUUCCACGCCGGGAGACCCACCAACGCCGGCAUCUCGGUGCUGGAGGUGCCCAAGGAGCUGCAGCGGAACCCCGAGCGCCUCAAGCACUACAGCGUGGAGCACGUGGACCUGGGCGCCCGCUACUACCGCGAUCACUUCCACGGCAAAGAACAUUCCAACUACUUCGGCGUGGACGACAAGCUGGGCCCGGUGGCCGUGAGCAUCCGGCGGGAGAAGCUGGAGGAGCACAAGGAGCACGGCCCCCAGUACCAGCACCGCCUCAUCUUCCGCACCAGCCAG